AUGUAUGUAAGAUUAUUGGUUUUGAAAACCAUCUAUGUCCGCGUUUACGAGGAAAGGUCGGAUCUACUACGAGCAGCUCAGCCCUACCGCGAUGGACUGUUCUUUUCCGACAAUUUUCUUCCUCCGUUGUAUCCAGAUGAACCACCUGGGUUUAAGAAAACAUCAUCAAGAAGAUGGGAAUUCAAGCACGAGAAGUUCCAGAGAGGUUACAAGCAAAUGCUAGUGGACAUAACACGAAAGAAGAGCGAGCCAAGUGUGUUCCCUGCCUUCCUGAAGACUUCUUCUUCGUCUGAUGAAGAUCAUCAUCAUCACCGGAUCAUUAAUGGCAGUCUUGAUGAUGAAACGAAUGUUCAUCAUAGAACACUGAUGGAUGAGAACCAGAAUCUAAGGAGAGAGAAGGUGGAGUUGCAGACCCAAAUAGCUCGAUUCAAAGCUCUGCACAUUAAGCUGUUGGAUUGUCUUGCUCAACACACGGGAACCGACAGUAAUCAGCAUGAAACCAGCACUGCUAGGGGACUAUAUGGUUAGCUUGAUUUGUUUUCUCUUGAUCUUCUUUCUUUCGUAGUCAGAGGUUGUUAUCGUUUGGUGAUUGUCUGAUUGAGAGAAUGAACAAAAAUGGAAAACAAAACCACGAAAAAGGGUUUCAUUGUUUGUAGCUCAUCUGGUCAAAUCAAAUUAUUAUAAUAUUGAUAUUAUAUGAGAUUUUUAAAUUGAUUCUAA